AUGGGCUACCCGGGGACAACCGAGGACGACGAUCAAUACCGGGUGCCGCUGAUAGCGAAGUUGCUGCACGCUCUGCCACACUACAACAUCACCUUCCAUCGCAUCAACAACACAUUUCGCCCAUCAAAUGACGUCUAUCUCGAGAGUCUCGGUAUUUUGGGUUCGAUACCGGCCGCCCUGCUGAUUGUGUCGUUGUUUGGGCUGCUGCUCUAUCUGCUGACGCGCUGCUGCGAUAGAAAGCCACGACCCGCACAUUCUAUCACCAGCCUGAAGGUGACGCUCUCCAUCGUAACCGUACUGUGCUGUGCCGCGAUCGGUCUCGGUCUGUACGGUAACGACGAUCUGCACAAUGGGCUGCUCGAGGUGUUGCAGGCCGGCCGAAAGGUGGACGGUGUCGUCUCGUCGGUACGGAACCAAACGUUCAUCCUGGAGAACACACUCACGAUGAAGAUCCAGCAGCAGCUCACCGAGCUGGAGGAUAUUUUUGACCAGAAAACAAACAAUCAGACCGCCUUGGCACAGCUGCAGCAGGCUCUCCUCACGGCCAAGGGUAAUAUUACGAUUGCGAAGAAUGCAGCUAACGAUAUACGGCGCCCUCUUGUCGGUUUGACCAUAACCGACUUCCUGACGAAAGGAGAUCAGUGGGAGCUGAUUCGCUGGCCGGGCACAGUCGCCAUAUUGGCACUGUUGCUCGUACUGUGCGCGGUACUGCUAGUUGGCGUGGCGCGUCACUCUCGUUGCGCUCUCAUACUAUUCAGCGUGUGUGGUUUGCUGGCCGUGACCGGGUCGUGGCUGAUGUCCGGCCUCUACCUUUCGACCUCGGUUGCUGUCGGCGACCUCUGCAAUGAUCCCGCCGACUUUCUGGUGCACCAAGCGCCGCAUGAGCUGCCAGCCGACAUACUUCUCUACUACACCCAAUGUGACAUCUCACGCUCGAACCCAUUCACACAGCGCCUGCGAGAGUCGCAGAAUGCUAUCAAUAAUGCCCGCAAUGCGAUGAGUAUCGUAUCGAAAAUUUCGCCAGUGCUCUUCAAGAACGCAGGUCUAGCUCCUAAGCUAGGGUCAGUCAAUGCGGAUAUUAAGCUGUGCGAGCGACUCCUGACCGGUUUGACGGCGCUGGUUGACUGCCGAGCGGUGCACUACAGCUAUCUCGUAGCGACUCGUGGCUUGUGCGAGUGCGGAUUGCUCGGAUUGGUGUUGAUGUUGAUCGCCAGCUUUAUGGCGGCGAUCUUACUGACCAUUAUGGUUUGGGUCGACUCCCACACGUGGAUCUACAUUCGCAAGAGGAAUGAUUAUGCGCAGGUCGAGGAGCAGUCAUAUGUAUCACACCAAUUGCAUCCACAGAGUCAUCAAAACAUGAACACUCGUACACUCCCACAUCAUCCCAAGGGUCCGCCCGUUAUCAGUGGGUCACACACGAUUGCGCAUCCGAGCCGGAACGCGAAGCACGAUAUGAGCCAGGUGCAGCAGGCCCAGCAGCAGAUGCAUCACCAGCAGGCACACGCGCAGGCACAGCAGGCCCAGGCCCAGGCUCAAGCGCACAUGAUGCACCACCAUCAGGCGAUGAUGCGUGCCGGCGGUACUCAUACACUCGGUCGCCUACCGUCGCACAGCAGCCCGACGCACCUGCACGGUCCGAACAACGGCAAGUACGCCACCCUUAGUAAGCACUGCAAGACGCUCGACGCUAACGACUUCUACUGA